UUCGUCAACUGUGCUCCUGAAUGCCUACGUAAAAGUCCUAUUCCUGAUUUUUUUAUGAAUUCAAAUAGGAAAAUUAUUUUCUAGGUUAAAAUGUUUACCUGUGUCUACAAAACGUUUUUGUUUAGCUCCUAAUAAAGUUAAAUACCAUACAACAAUGUCUAGCGAUUCCGAAGACGAAGCACAAUUUCGUGGGUUCUAUGGCAAAGCGCUUGAACCAUAUGAUGAAGAUAAUGUACCCAAGAAACGAGCCAUUCCAAUUGAAGACCAAGUUGCCAAAGAUGCUCAAGGAAGAAGAAGAUUCCAUGGUGCCUUUACAGGAGGAUUCUCAGCAGGAUUCUUCAACACUGUUGGUUCCCUUGAGGGUUGGAGACCAUCAGAAUUCAAAAGUUCCAGAUCAAGUAAAGCAGAGAAUAAACAACAGAGAGCUCAGGAUUAUAUGGAUGAAGAAGAUAUGAGUGAAUUUGGUAUUGCCCCACAAACUGUAAAGGCAACAGAUGAAUACAACACUAGUAGAAAGAGGAAAAAGCAAGUCAUGUCUGAUGGGCCCAUUCCUGGUGAACCAGUAUUGCAAACAUUGAUUGACAGUGGCAAUGAAACCAUUGGAUAUCUAUUGUUAAGACACAUGGGUUACAAACACGGUAAUGAAGAAGAAGGUGAAGAUAAUGAAGAUAUCAAUGAAGAAGAUCCUUCAGAUGGUUCAAAAAGAGUGUAUGGUUGUGAAAUGCCAAAGACUUAUACUAAAAAAAGAAACUUUAGCAAUAAAAAUGCUUGUAACAUACCAGAAAUAUAUAAAAAUGCCUUAUCUAAUCCAAAGUCAAACUCUUUUGGAAUGGGCUAUCAGGGUUUAGAUAGAAGUCAUAUUAAUUUAUUCACGUCAUCGAAACUAGUUGUAAAUGAACCCAACAACAAAAAAUUAUCAAUAUCGGGGCAGGCGUUCGGCGUCGGUGCGUUUGAAGACGACGACGAAGACAUCUACGUGAAAGAAGACUUAACAAAAUAUGAUUUCGAGCUAUCUUCGGAAAAGUCGAAACCGAAAUCACUUGACACACGUAAAUUGAUACUGGAUAUGUUUGUGCAAGCACGAAAUGAAUUGUCGAUGGUGGAAAAGUUUCCACCACCGACGAUACCGAGCAGUUUUACCGGCAAGCAUAAAGUGAGAAAGUCACGUUUCGAGCCUCAGCAAACACCAGACGAUAAGGAAGUGACACCUAAGAGGCACGAAAUUGACGCGGCGACAAGAGCUUUGAUUCUGGGCGAGGGUACAACAAACAGUAGAUUAUCGGCGCCCAAAUCAACAACAACUAUAUCAAAACCAACAACGGUGGAAAUCAAAAAUGAGGCACCACAACUUGCGACAAUGUUCGACGUCGGCCCGGCCGGAUUAAUAUUUGAUAAAUUUGUUUCCGCUGGCAAAUCGGAAGCGGACGUCGAAAUGUUGCAGCCCGUCCAACCGUCGGGAACCACCCACGGGACGCAGGACCAGCGUGACGCUGUGGCGAAAAAAAUGUUCGGUCCUUUGACGCGUGUUGUCACCUCAUGGCUGCCGAACGCGCUCUUAUGCAAGCGCUUCAAUGUGCCCGAACCAGUAUUUAGUGAUGCUGAUUUUAAAACGAAGCAAAAGCGUCAUAGAAAUUUAAUUUUUGAAAGCGCUUCCUCGUUGGAUACGACCGCCGAAUCGAAUGUUGUCCACGAGGCGGGUCUGCAAAUGCGCAACGAGAUCACUGCUGCAUCAACAAAUCCGCCUGAAGUUCCAGCAAUAGAAACAAUAUCCGCGCCGUGGUCGGUUAGCAACAACGCAAAUGUAUCAGUUACAGCGACGGCGUCAUCGUCGACCACGAGCGCCGAGCGUCCCGCCACCAAUGUCGCUGAAAAAAAACCGGCGUUGGAUCCCACGGAAAAGCUCGACAUAUCGAAACACGCCGAUCUAUUCAAGGCCGUUUUCAUGGAUUCCGAUAGCGAUGAAGAGGAUAACACUAACGCCGAUAAUGAUAACACCGUUGACAAACACAUCGAUGAUACAACAAGAAACGAAGAAGAGGAGGAGCGACAUGCAAGGGAUGCCGAAAUGAAGGCAAAAACUUUAGCGGAAGAUUUACUGUUGCCGCAAAUAAAGCCGAUGAAGCCGGGGAUUUUGUCGAACGUGGAGUCCAUAUUGUCCGAGAGAGUACGAGAAGCGCCUAAACAAGCAUCGCAUGAAGAAACGCCGGAGAUUAUCGAUGAGGGCAUGAAGAACUUGAUUAGCUCGGACAAUAUGUACGGACCGAGAUUACCGGCGAAGAUUACCUUCAGAAAGCCGGGAAAAGCGACAAAUUUACCUAAGCAGAGCGCCGCCAGCGAUGAGGAUUCUGACUGGGUGGAGAAAAGCGAUGAGCAGACAAGCGAAAAGAAACAACACAAACACAAGAAGCAAAAACAUAAAAAGGAGAAACACAAACAUAAGAAGCACAAGAGCAAGCGAGACAAAUGAACAACAAUAAUAUAAACAUGUUUUAAUGUUGUUAAUUAAUGUUCCUAAUGAAGGUUUCGAUUAAAUUAAUAAAUCAAAGAAAUUUGUUA